AUGAAGUCAAUCACAGUCACUCUAUUGACGAAUCCACCACCCUCGGCAACCUCAACCUCAACCUCAGCUCAGGUAGACAACCUCGCCCUCCUAAUCGACAACGUUAAAUCCAUAAACCACCUUCUCCAAAUCCACGCCGCACUCCUCCGUCGGGGCCUCAACCAUCACCCCAUCCUCAACUUCAAGCUCCAACGCUCCUACACAUCCCUCGGCCACCUCCACCACUCUGUCACCCUCUUCCACAACACCCCAGCCCCUAAUGUUUUCCUAUGGACCACCAUCAUCAACGCCCAUGCCAACUCUGGUCUCUGCGACUGUGCCCUCUCUUAUUACGCCCAAAUGCUUGCCCAUCAUGUUCAACCCAACGCUUUCACCCUCUCUUCCCUCCUCAAAGGUUGCACCCUCCAACCCACCAGAGCCGUUCACUCCCACGCCGUUAAGUUGGGACUAAGUUUCGACCUUUACGUGUCCACGAGCCUAGUGGAUGCCUACGCUAGAGGCGGCGAUGUUGUGUCCGCGCAGAAGCUGUUCGACGCAAUGCCUGAGAGGAGUUUGGUUUCGUUUACUGCCAUGCUUACUUGCUACGCGAAACAUGGGAUGCUCCGGGAGGCGCGGUUGUUGUUUGAAGGGAUGGGAGUGAAGGAUGUGGUGUGUUGGAACGUGAUGAUUGAUGGGUAUGCUCAGCAUGGGUGUCCGAAUGAGGCUUUGGUGCUAUUUAGGGAAAUGCUGGGGAAGAAGAUUAGGCCCAAUGAGAUAACUGUGUUGGCUGUUUUGUCGUCUUGUGGUCAGCUUGGUGCGUUGGAGUGUGGUAGGUGGGUGCAUUCGUAUGUUGAUAAUAAUGGUGUUGGGGUUGGGGUCAAGGUAAACGUACAUGUGUAUACUGCGUUGGUUGAUAUGUACUGCAAAUGUGGAAGUUUGGAGGAUGCACGCAAGGUGUUUGAUGCAAUGGAGGGAAAGGAUGUGGUGGCUUGGAACUCCAUGAUUAUGGGGUAUGGCAUACAUGGGUUUAGUGACGAGGCUUUGCAGUUGUUUCAUGAUAUGCGUUGUGUUGGAGUGAGACCCUCAGAGAUUACUUUUGUUGCUGUUCUAACUGCAUGUGCGCAUGCUGGUUUGGUAGGGAAAGGGUGGGAGGUUUUCCAUUUGAUGAAGGAUAAGUAUGGAAUGGAACCAAAGAUUGAGCAUUAUGGGUGUAUAAUUAAUCUUCUUGGCCGUGCUGGGCGCGUGCGAGAAGCUUAUGACGUUGUGAUGAGCAUGGAGGUUGAGCCCGAUCCUGUCCUGUGGGGGACUUUGCUUUGGGCUUGUAGAAUCCAUAAGGAUGUUUCUUUGGGAGAGGAAAUUGCGGAGUUUCUUGUGAACAAUGAUUUGGCUAGUUCAGGGACUUAUGUCCUUCUUUCUAACAUGUAUGCUGCUGCUCGUAACUGGGUUGGUGUGGCUAAGGUCAGAUCAUUGAUGAAAGGGAGUGGGGUUGAGAAGGAACCUGGUUGUAGUUCCAUUGAAGUUAACAACAGGGUGCACGAGUUUCUUGCUGGUGAUUUAAGACACCGGAGGCGCAAGGAUAUUUAUGCUAUGCUCGAGGAAAUGAAUGGUUGGCUUAAGGCGUGUGGUUAUACCCCAAAAAUAGAUGUGGUAUUACAUGAUAUAGGGGAGCAACAAAAAGAACAAUCGUUGGAAGUUCAUAGUGAGAAGCUGGCCUUAGCAUUUGGGCUUAUAAGUAGCAGUCCAGGAACUGCAAUCAAGAUUGUAAAGAACCUUCGAGUGUGUUUGGAUUGUCAUGCCGUGAUGAAGAUAAUGUCCAAGAUCUCAGGCCGAAAAAUAAUAAUGAGAGACCGGAACCGGUUCCACCACUUUGAGAACGGUUCAUGUUCAUGUGCGGAUUACUGGUGA